AAAAAAUCAAUCAAAAAGGACGACAGUCUUCUUUGUCUUUUGAAGCAGGCGCUGGAAAGAUUUACUCAAGUUAUCGCCUCUUUGUUUGCAGAACCUCUUCUACAAUUUGACCCAUUUGUCCUUCGUCGUCUCUACGCCCCACGAUUGUGACGUAGCAUCCAAUUUUUACACAGCACAAGCCCUAUUACAUACCGACCCUGGCUAGGCGGGCACACCUAGUCUGCAGAGAAACAACACUACCCGCAACUACAACAAACAUAAAAAUGGCAUCAGUCGCCCGGGGCAGCGCGCUGCUGCGCACCUUCGCCCGGCCAUACAGCCGCUCUUUGGCCAGGUCGGCAUUGGCACCCAGGGCUCUCACCAGGCUCGCCCACUCCAAGGCAUCCUUCUACUCUGAGCCCGAGGGCCCUUCAGUCAAGACUGAGAUUCCCGGUCCCAAGGCCCAAGCCGCCAUCAAAGAGUUGGAUGAGGUGUUUGACACGCGCAGUUUGAACAUGCUCACCGACUACCCAAACAGCUCUGGCAACUACAUCGCUGACCCCGAUGGAAACGUCCUGCUCGAUGUCUAUGCCCAGAUUGCCUCUAUCCCAAUUGGAUACAACAACCCCGCCCUCUUGGAAGCUUCACGCAGCCCCGAGAUGCUCCAGGGUUUGGUCAACCGCCCCGCCCUGGGCAACUUCCCACCUCACGACUGGACCAAUGUCCUCAAGUCGGGUAUCCUCAAAGUCGCCCCCAAGGGCCUCGACCAGGUUUUCACCGCCAUGGCAGGUUCUGACGCCAACGAAACCGCAUACAAGGCUGCCUUCAUGUACAGGCGGCAGAAGGAGCGUGGUGGGCGUGACGUCGCCUUUACCGAGGAGGAGCUUCGCACUUCCAUGUUAAACAAGUCCCCUGGUGCUUCGCAGGAGCUCUCCAUCAUGUCCUUCAAGACCGGCUUCCACGGUCGCCUCUUUGGAUCCCUCUCGACCACGCGGUCAAAGCCCAUCCAUAAGCUCGACAUUCCCGCAUUCGACUGGCCUCAGGCCACAUUCCCCCUACUCAAGUAUCCCCUUGAGGAGCACGCAGCCGAGAACAAGGCCGCCGAACAGGCCGCUCUGGCCGAGGUUGAGGACCUGAUCCUCAACUACCCCAAGCCGCCUUGCGCCGUCAUUGUGGAGCCUAUCCAGUCCGAGGGCGGCGACAACCACGCCUCGCCGGCAUUCUUCCAGGGUCUGCGCGACAUCACCAAGAAGCACGACGUGUUGCUGAUCGUGGACGAGGUGCAGACGGGCGUGGGUGCCACAGGUCGCUUCUGGGCCCACGACCACUGGAACCUGUCCAGCCCGCCUGACAUGGUGACAUUCUCCAAGAAGGCCCAGACGGCCGGCUACUACUUUGGCAACCCGGAGUUGAGGCCCAACCUGCCGUACAGGCAAUUCAACACUUGGAUGGGCGAUCCGGCUAGGGCCAUCAUCUUCCGCGCCAUCAUCGAGGAGAUCGAGAGGCUGGACCUGGUUGCCAACACGGCCCGUGUCGGCGACUACCUCUUUGCCAACCUUGAGCGCCUGGCCGAGAAGUACCCGAACGAGUUCCAGAACCUGCGCGGUAAGGGCCAGGGCACUUUCAUCGCCUUUGACAACCCCCGUCGCGACGAGUUCCUCAAGAGGGCCAAGUCCUUCGGUAUCAACAUUGGCGGCAGUGGCGCCUCGGCCGUGAGGCUACGUCCCAUGCUGAUCUUCCAGGAGAAGCAUGCUGAUAUACUGCUCGAAGCCCUGGAGAAGAUUGUGACUUCUUGGUAACGACGUAAAAAAAAAAAAAAAAAAAAAAGAAAUCAUUCCUUUGGUUGUUUUGGAGUUUUUAUUCAUGAUUGCGGGAAUUUGGUAAUUUCUUGUUGGAUUUGGGUCUAUUUAUCAUUUGCUCUUUUCCCUUCGUUUUCUGGUGUUUUUGUAGAAUGUGGUUUCAUGUGAGCGGUUUUUUUCUUUUUCAAAGUUGUGCUAUGGAAUCUAUCCGAGUCAAUGCAUUGAGUGAGCAUAGGGGUGGGGGAAAAAUGAGACAUGUGUUUUCUGUCAAGGGGCAGGUCAGCCAACUCUUAACUGUUGGAAAAAGUCGUCGUCUUGUGACAGUAGGGCGCGGCCAUUUCAGCUUUCAGCAGCUCUCGCUUCUGGUUGAUGAAAGUCUGUCAAAACUCAAGCUCCGAAAAUAUAUGCGCCUUAUAAGCGUUGCGCCUGGCUGUCCAAAUAGUAGCUGAUCCCGUUCUCGCCAAUAUUGUUCGACAAGUUGAAGGUGUAAUAAUUCCGAUAAACAAGGUGCAGAGACGGGAUACCUAGUUUUGUGUUUUGAGAUUUUUUUUUUUUUUUUUUUUUUUCGUUCUGGUUUUCAAGAUUUGAUUAAAGGACUCUGCUAAUCGUCAAGGAGCCAGGUCCCGCCCUCGCGGACCUGACCCAACAGAU